AUGAGCGAUACUUAAAAUCAACCUAGAUUUAGGGAAAUCCAAUAUAAUAAAAUAGAUGUUUAACCCAUUAGUCAUAGUACUAUGAAAGAAUUAUUUGAUUCUCUCGAGAAACCGUCAUAUACUCCAACAUUUGAAAAAAACCACGAAAAGUAACUAAAGGAGAGAGUAUAUUUAUUCAAGGUGAUAUAUGAUGGUUAAAGUUGGGAAAUAAGAAGAACCAUUAAUUAAUUUAAAAAAUUAGAGCAUGAUAUUGCUCAAAAAAAGUAAAUUUCAUCUGAUUUGGAAAAGAAUGAUCCAAAAAUUACAUUGAUUCAACUCCAUAAAUUCUUAAAGUUGAUCACUAACAAUGAGAUCAUUCCAUAAUGUGUAUUAACAUUUUUAGAGAUCUCUUGUAUCAAUUUGCCAUUCAAAGCGAAAGAAGGCUUUAUGGAAUUGAAUUUAUUUGGAAAAUAAAGAUUGUUUAACCCCAUAUAAACAUUGACACAAUCAAAAAAGAAAUAUUUUAUAAUAACUUAGCAAUCCCUAUUGUAUGUAAAAGGACCUGAAAAGAAAAAAUUAAUAAUUGAAGCAUGCCUAAGUUUUAGUUAUCUUAUGGCAUUUUGUGUUUUAGACGUGAUAUUGCUUGGUACUAUCAUCUUAAUCUCCCUUCCAUAGAUGCGAUUAUAUUUAACUUCUGAACACAUUACAGACCUUUUAGACUUUGCCUAUUCUCUUUCUAAAUAAAUCUAAGAAAGUCCAUAUACAAAAUUGCAUAGAUUCUAAUCUUUCUCUCCAAUAAGGACUUCAGAAUGCAAAUGGUAUAUUGAUGGAAAUAAAUAUUUUGAGGAUGUUUGUGAUGCUAUUUUGCAAGCAAAGGAAACCAUCUACAUUACUGAUUGGUGGUUAAGUCCAGAACUGUAUCUAAAAAGACCGGAGAGUGAAUUUCUUCAUACUAGGCUUGAUAAUAUAUUAAAAAUGGCUGCUGAUAAAGGAGUUUAGAUUUUGGUAUUAUUGUACAAUUGCUUAACAUUUAUCUUACCUAAUGAUCCAUAACAUUCGAAAAUUUAAUUAGAGAGUAUGUCUCCAAAUAUUAGGGUUUUAAAACACCCAAAAGUGCCAAGAUCAUCUUCUCAUCAUGAAAAAAUGGUAGUAAUAGAUUAAAAAAUUGGAUUUAUGGGUGGUUUAGAUUUAUGUUUUGGAAGAUGGGAUAAUUAAAAGCAUCCUUUAUUUGAAGUUCAUCCUUUUGAAUAAUUGUGGCCUUAAAUUGAUUUUUCAAAUUCUAGAGUUAGAGAUUUCUAUGAAGUAAAAAAAUAUUAAUAAACUCUUCUAAAAGAAAAUGAACCAAGAAUGCCGUGGCAUGAUAUAGCAAUUUAGAUUAAAGGAGAUUCAGUAAUAGACUUAUCAAGGCAUUUUGCUGAAUAUUGGAAUCAUGUAAUUUUAUCUCAAGAAGACUAUAAGAAGUAUCAUUUAUUACAUGCUAACGAUUUGAAGAUGGAAGGAUUUGUAGUUUCCAAUACUUAAAAUGUUGUUUAAGCGGGAAGGGAAGAAUCUAAUAUUCAGAUGAAGCAAAAUAUUUUUGUAGAUGAAAUAUAGACGUAUUAAGAUUAAAUAGAAAUGAAUUAAACUGCUUAAUUAAAUGACACUUAAUCUGAAUAGUAAUUCUGUGAACAAUCAUUCAUUUAAUAGUAAUAAAAAGAGUUCGAAAUUUGUUAAAAGAAUUAAAAGAUUUUCAUGGAAACAUAAGACGAGAUUGAAGAUGAGGAGGAUGAUUAAUAUAUUUUAGAAAGUGAAUAUAAUAAAAAGGAAAAAAAAAGCCAUAGUUAAUGUAACAAAUCUUCUUCAAAAGUUGAAAAAAUGCCUGAAGAAGUAAACGGCCAAAUUGAGAUAAAGUAUUUCAUUCCUCAUAUUGAAAUCAAAUAAAAUUAAUAACGUUGCAUAACAUAGUUAACAAGAUCAUCUGGUACCUGGUCAAAUGGCAUAAUAUAAACUGAGAGAUCUAUUUAAUCUGCCUAUCUCUCAUUAAUUUAAAAGGCAAAACAUUUCAUAUAUAUUGAAAAUCAAUUCUUUAUUAGUAAUACGGCUGGCAAUUCUGUGAGAAAUUUAGUGGCCUAAGCCCUCAUUUCUAGGAUCAAAGAAGCACAUGAAAAGUAAUAGAGAUUUAAAGUUAUUGUCUUUCUUCCACUGUUACCAGGAUUUUAGGAAUCAGAAACCGCUCUCGUUAAUAUUAUUUUACAUUUUGAAUAUCAAACCAUAUGUAGAGGGGGUAAAUCAAUAAUUGAAUCAUUACAAUCAGAUGGGAUUAACCCAGAAAAUUACAUUUAAUUCUUCAGCUUAAGAUAACAUGAACUAUCUCCAUACCCUAAUUCAGUGCCUGUAACUGAAAUGAUAUAUAUUCAUUCCAAAUUAAUGAUUAUUGAUGAUGAUAUAGCAUUAAUUGGAUCUGCAAAUAUUAAUGAUAGAAGUCUAUUAGGAACGAGAGAUUCAGAACUUGCUAUAAUUGUUGAAGAUUAGGUAAAAGUUAAUGCUAUCAUGGAUGGGAAACCAUAUAAAACAUCUAAAUUUGCGCACACUCUACGUACAGAGCUUUAUAUGGAGCAUUUUGAUAUGCCUUAUGAAAAAGUCAUCGAUCCUUUGAGUUUAUAAUUCGAAAAAGAAUCAACUGCAUAAGCUAGCAUUAAUACAAGAGUUUAUAAAGAAAUAUUUGCUUGUAUUCCAGACGACGAUAUUAAGAAGUAAAAGGAUAUUGAAACGUUCAGAGCAACAAAACGCUUAGAAGAAUACGAAAAAUUAAAGUAGUAUAUUAAAGGUCAUGCCGUAACUUUCCCAUUAAAUUAUUUGUGUGAUGAGAAUUUGAAAACCAAAGUCACAUAAAAAGCAUAUUAUAUUCCUGAAAAAAGCUUCACAUGAUCUCUGACAUAAUUGAUGCAAUCAAUUCAUAAAUCAAUAUGUUCAAAAAUUAAUGCUC